AGGUAUGAUUAUAAUUCUCUCUUUGUGCCUCUAAUCUAAACUUUCUCUCCUCUAGCAUCUUAGGUAUUGUUGACUAUUUCUAUAUGACUCAUUCUCAUGUAUCUACUGUCUAGUUCGAGUUAAAGCACAGUCAUGUCAAGAGUUGGCUCAAUAUUCUCAGUGUUCAUCAAAUCUUGCCUGUAGAUGCCUAAAAUUAGCGGCUGAUACUAAUGCAGGAAUAUGUGGCCUUCUCUAUAUCACUUGUUCAGAACUAGUCUUGUGUUCUGGUGAAAAUCGAACAUGUUUUACAUCCGAUCAUGUCUGUGUUCAACAUCCACAAUGUCAAGCACUUCCUCUAUGUUAUCCAAUACGUAUGGCUACUAAUAUCAUGUGUCCAUCGCUACCAGAAACAACAACAACAACUCCACUUCCAGAUGGAAUCUGUGCACAGGCAAUAUGGUCACUAAAUGGUGUUACUGUUGCUGGAGGAAAUGGAAAGGGUGGUGAAUUGAAUCAACUUGACUUUGCGACCGGACUGUUUAUCGAUGAUGAUGACUCGAUCUAUGUUGCCGAUCAAUCGAAUCGUCGAGUGAUAAAGUGGAAUUCACCAGACGUCUCGUCAUCUAAUAGUGGUGAGGUUGUGGCCAAUGAACAAGGCAUUAACGAUGGUAUAUUUUAUCCCAUUGAUCUUGCUAUUGACAAGAAUGGGACAAUGUUUAUUUGUGAUUAUGGGAAUAGUCGAGUGAUUCGAUGGCCACGAGGCGCUUCUAAUGGAGAAACAUUU